AUGCGUCGCAACGCUCAAGUGAAUGCGUUAUCAGACCCACUGGAAGAUAGCCCAAGUAGGCUUCCUUUGCCUCAGAACCCGGUGGGUGAAGCCAGAGUUCAUACCUCGCGCCAUGACUCUCGGCAAUGGAGUAUGAGCAGUGCUUCCAAAAGCCGACAACCCUCCUUGGUUGUAGGUUCGUCAACCCAAUCAUUCACUUUAUCAGCUGGCAACGCUUUAGACCAGACCGCCUCGGGGAUAACAGAGGAAACAUUACUCGGAGAGCCAGAUGGUGCAGAUCAAGCGGUGGAGACCGCUCGGACGGCACGCGAGCAAUCAGAAAGGCAAAGAGUAGAGCGGGCACGUGGUUUCACCACACCCGACACUCAGCGAGAGACGAUCGUCGAAUCGGAGGAUAGAGGCUAUGCGCCAGGACCUGACUUCAUGUACUUGAGCUCGGGCUCCAGUGGACGCGAGAAACCAGAACCAAAGCGGAGCGAGAUUGACGCAGAAGCAGAAGAGCGAGUGACUCAAAGCCAUCACAGGCUCAACGAGGUCUUAAGUGCGCCUGCACGAAGCAGGCGACGGAAUUCGGAGACGUGUGCCUCUGCUACACCUCGCAUCACUACUCGUAUACGAAGCAGGUCUCUAUGCCUUCCUCGACCCAGCGCAGAACGAGACCCCUGGACGCAUGAUUUUCAGCUUCGAGACGUUCUGUGGCUAGGUGAGCAUCCAGAGGCAGCGGUAUUGAUUGAAAAUCGUCAUACACCAUCAGAGCGACCAAAUACUCUCUUGAAAUCAUCGGUGGACAGAAUCGAUAGGCCAUUAUCUCUCGCGCCCAUGCGUCCGCCUCCUUUGCCGCCGAGGUCGAGGGGAAAGAGCAUUCAGACGCAGCACGACGGGUCAGAGCCACAGCUAGGAGUACCGACCAGCUCGAAUGUUUCUCAGGAGGGCGUAUCAGAGAGGCCAAGCAUGAAGAUGGCUAGGAGCAGUCGGACAGUGGUGAAUGGGGAUGAGAAGGGACCAGACCAGUUGUUGACGAAUCGGCCAAAAGACAGCAGGUUUAUCGAACACAUCCCAGAGAAUGAGGAGAGGCUGAGAGGUCUUGGGGUGGGGCUUGAGCGUCACAAAGGAGGCGGCGGAUGGUUCCAGAAGUGGAAGAGGCGAUCUAAGUGA